AUGUUCGCCCUGCGCUCCUCGAUCGCGAAGCCGGCCGCGCCGGCCGCCGCCCGGACCUCCGUCCGCGCCCGUGCGAACGCCGGGUGGCUCCCGGGCGCCGAGGCGCCUUCGCACCUGAACGGCUCCCUCCCCGGCGACCGCGGGUUCGACCCGCUCGGCCUCGGGUCCGACCCCGACCGCCUCAAGUGGUACGCCGAGGCCGAGAAGAUGAACGGCCGCUGGGCGAUGGCUGCAUGCGCCGGCAUCCUCUUCACGGACUUCAUGGGCCUGCCUAAGUGGUACGAGGCCGGCGCGGCGGAGUACGCGAGCCCUGGCACCAACGGCCAGCCUAUCCUGCCCCUGAUUGCCAUCGAGGCUGUCGUUAUGGGCUUCCUCGAGACCAAGCGCUACCAGGGCUUCAAGGAGACGGGCAAGUCCGGCUUCCUGAACGCCUACCCCUUCGACCCCGCUGGCAUGAACUCGGCCUCGAUGGCCGAGAAGGAGGUCAAGAACGGCCGCCUCGCCAUGGUCGCCUUCGCCGGCUUCGCCAUCCAGGCCGUUGUGACCCGCACCGGCCCGGUCGAGGGUCUGGGCAAGCACCUGGCCGACCCCUUCGGCUACAACAUCGGCGCCAACGUCAUGAACAUCCAGAACGUCAUCUCCCAGUAA